CACAUGGUGUAAACCGGAAAUACAUCUCGCUGACGAUAGCACCAGCAUAUUAGUAACUAGUUUAGAUGUUCAAUGUAUUUCUUGUUGUUGUUUGUGUAUGUGUUUCUUGUCUUUCUUCUCUUGUAUUUCUUUUCUUCUGUCCCCCCAUAAUCCCUUCCUGUUCGCUGCUUUGUCAUAAUAAAAAGGUAUUUUGAAUGAUCACAAUGGGAGUAUGUCAGACUCUCAAUGUGAAACAUUAAAACUGUUCAGAAUCCGGGCACUUAGGCUGUUUGAUUUACAGCUUUCAAUUUUAGAUUCUGGAGUUCUUCCCAAAUUUGUAAGACACUCCUAUGUGUGUUUCUCUGAAGAAUUAAAACAUCUUUAACUUAAGUGUACCAGAAAGACCAAUCAAAUGAAUGUAAACUUCCUCUGGCACAGGGUAGUCACUCUUGAGUGUGUAAAAUAUAAUAGUGAUGUAUUUGUUUAAUAACUGCCAUUGACGCAACAGACGUCCAAUCUUCAAAUAUGGAGGGUGUACAAUUCACUGCUCGCCCUCUCAGUUUCAUUGGAUUGGACAUCUAUCUCUGUCCAUGGCACAAAAACAUACCAUUCCCUUCCUGUCAUUAUUUCAUGUCAGGAGAUGUUUGAUAGAGAGUCAUAUUAAAUAGUUUCGAAGUUGCAACAUGAACGGAAUUUAUAAAGAGGAAGAAUGGAGGCCACAGCUGCUCUCUCAGCAUGUGCGUGGAUGUUUUUACACGUCAGGGGCUGAAAAGAUGGAAGUGGGAGAGGCCUCCUUUGGAAAACCGGUGUGUCUCGCUUAACUAUUUGACACCUCCGUACGAGGAGUUAACCUGUAGCCAAGCAUGAGGUUAAUCUUCUGCGUGCAGUUGCCAAGGCUAUAAAGUGUCUCGUGCCCGCUUUCUCGCUGCUAUUUGGGAGCAAACUUCAAACGUGUGGAGAUGAAAUUAUCUGUGGUGUCCAAGAAGUUGUGGUGUGUUCACAAACCGCUGGUGCUCCUGAUAACUCCUCUGAUUUUUUCACCUUUACUGGUGACCUUGCCUGAAAAGGAGGGAAGAUGUCUUUACGUGGUGGUGCUCAUGGCCACAUUUUGGUGCUCCGAGGCGCUCCCUCUGGCUGUCACCGCAAUGCUACCCAUUUGCCUCUUUCCAACACUGGGGAUCAUUCCGUCCAAAAAACUCUGUCCUCAAUACUUCCUUGAAACCAACUUUCUCUUCUUAAGUGGUUUGGUGAUGGCAUCGUCAAUUGAGGAGUGGGGCCUCCAUCGCAGAAUAGCGCUGAAAGUCCUCAGCAUUGCGGGAGUCAAACCAGCCUGGCUCAUACUGGGAAUGAUGAUGACUUCGUCUUUCCUGUCCAUGUGGCUCAGUAACACUGCCACAACGGCCAUGAUGCUCCCCAUCGCCAAUGCUAUCCUGGAGAGUCUCUUCGGGGAUCUGGAGAGCCUCAAGCAGAAAUGCAAGUCGAUCAAGGAUCGUGACGACGGCAUCGCCAUUGGUCAAUCCAAUAGGAUGGAUUCACUUCCCUCAGUGUCCUCAGAGAAACAAAUUUUGUCCCUUGAUGGGUAUGUAAAAGAGGGUUUUGCAUUGGUGAUGGACGCAGUAGAGCGAAAUGACUCAAGGACAGCUGAAGAGAUCCGGUCUGAGUCGGAGUAUCAGAUGAGAGUGUGGAAAGGUUUCCUGAUCUGCAUUCCGUAUGCGGCCAGUAUUGGAGGUACCGCCACACUGACUGGAACUGCACCCAACCUCAUCCUGAUUGGACAGCUCAAAAGCUAUUUUCCAGAGUGUGAUCUUAUCAAUUUUGGCUCUUGGUUUGCAUUUGCGUUCCCGCUCAUGCUCUUCUUCCUUCUGUUGGGGUGGCUAUGGAUAGCCUUCAUCCAUGGAGGCUUGAACACACGCUUAUGCCUCAAGAAACGUGACCAAAGAGCAGACCAAGAGGCCCAAGCGCGAGCUGUCAUUGAAGAGGAUUACAGAAAACUCGGGCCCUUAAAUUUUGCAGAGGGAGCCAUCUCUUUCUUCUUUGUCUUGUACGCCGUUCUGUUGUUCACCAGGGAUCCCAAAUUCUUCACUGGCUGGUCUGCGCUUUUUAAGAAAGGCUACGUCUCAGACGCAGUCACUGGUGUGAUCAUCGUCUCCAUACUAUUUUUCUUCCCCUCACAGAAGCCUUCUCUGAGCUGGUGGUUGGACCCUAAAGCUUCCAAUGUGCCGUACGUUCCUCUACUAUCAUGGAAGAAAGCCCAGGAGGCCGUUCCUUGGAAUAUCAUCUUGUUGCUCGGAGGAGGGUUUGCCAUGGCUCAAGCGUGCGAGGAAUCUGGAUUGGCCUCCUGGAUCGGGGGACACCUCCAGCCUCUGGCCAAGGUCCCGCCUGCCGUGGCCAUGAUGUUGAUCACAGCCUUUGUGGCCUGUUUCACUGAGUUUGCCAGCAACACGGCCACCAUUAUCAUCUUCUUACCAGUUAUCGCUGAACUCGCGUUUCACGUAUCCGUCAACCCUCUGUACUUCAUGAUCCCCGCAACCAUCGGGAGUUCAUACGCUUUCAUGCUGCCUGUGUCGACGCCCCCCAAUUCCAUCGCCUUUGCAUCCGGUCACCUCAUGGUUAAAGACAUGGUGAAAACUGGCAUUGUCAUGAACAUCCUGGGUCUCCUGUCAGUCUCACUUGCCAUAAACACGUGGGGCCUGGCCAUGUUCAAUCUUGACACCUACCCCGACUGGGCUCGCCCUCUCAACCAGACUGUUGUUCUCAUGCCAAAUGUUACUCUCUGAUCACACAACUUGGUUUAACACUAAACAGACACAUACAACUCUGAUGGAAGGAAACCCGCUUACCGUUCAGCUGUUACUUUUUUUUCCUGUUGACCCUUUUGUGCAUCAAUCAUGAUAUUUAGUUUUGUUCCUUUUUCACAUGAAAAACAUCAAGGGACGGACAAUAUACAUUGGAACUUUUUACAUUUGUUUGUGACAAACCAGCAAAUGAGAUGUGAAUGCCGCGAAAUACUUGUUUUAAUUUUUUUUUUUUUUUAAUAACUGAUGUGCACUUAACAUUUUCUGAUAAUGUUAAAUGAAUUGUGAAAACAAUGACCGCCUACUAAAAUUUGACAGCAUCAUUGAGAUUGGGAUUAUAUUUUAUUUUGUGAUAAUACUGUAUACUGUCGCAGGCUAAUAUGAAAAUAACACCGCCCUAAAAUCAGGACCAUUUGCUACUUUAAUACACAAUGAAACAUUACUUUAAGACAGUUAUACGUUUGUUCUCAAGCUAUUUUCAACACCAUGAAAUUGUUAAUAACAUGUAAAAAGUAACAGCCGAUGCAGUGCUCCUUGUCACAGACUGCUCAUGCCUAAGCGAUUCCCUUUGGGAAUUCAUAAUAUAGGAGUCCAAGUAUUUAGGGUUAUUACCUUGCUAUAAGUUUGCACCUGAAAGUGAACAUACUGUAUCUCAUGGGCACUUGACUUUUUGGACUCCAUGAGUUUCUGAGGUACAAAUGCUUGUAAGCGUGAGGACCCCCCGUAUCCGGUACGUUAUAAAGUAUCUGAAGUCACACGGAUGAGAGCAAUGGUUAACUUGCACAGGGCUGCUGCGGUUACUCAGUGUUAGUGAGGUUGCUGCAAAAUGUGUUCAAUGAAAACGUGUUGAUUUGUUAUAUCAGUUAAUGUGUAUGUAUCAAACUGUAAUUGUCUACAUUGUGAUUGAUCAUGUUCUUUUAAUAACUGGAAUUAUUGAAUAAUUGUUAUUAUACCACUAACAAAUGCAUGAAUCAUAGAGGCCAAAUGAGUCAUUUUAUGGUUUAUUUUGUAUAGUUUAAUAAAAUACUCUUGAUCACUCA